AUGUCAAUGCAAUGGACUCGCAGGGCAUUUUCGCAAACACUAAGGCAACGUAGCAACAACACCAUUGGCCAUGCUCUUCUUGUUCCACGCCGUCAACCCACCGUUCCUGGUGUAGCUAAACGUUGUGCUUGGACGAUGCAUAAUGUCAACAACAGCAAAUUGGACCCUGGCAACCACAACAACGACCACUUACGAUUGAUAUUCGAUGACAAGGAUCUAUGGAAACAGCAGCGUCAAAUGUUUGCAAAGACUGAAUCGAUCAAGCCUGUGGGGUUGCUUGAAAGUACACACUUUACCAACGUGGAAGGAUUCGCCUAUGCGACUGAACAAGCUAUUCAACGUGCCCAAUUGAUUGUUGAACGUAUUUGGAGAGCGCCUGAGAAUGGACCUGAUGAGAUGCGACGUGUCGUCAAAAACUUGGAUCGUCUUUCAGAUACCUUGUGCAGUGUGAUCGAUAUGGCCGAGUUUGUACGCAACGUACAUCCUGAUGAAAGCAUCAUGGAGGCAGCCAACAAUGCAUACAACGAUUUAUGUUUUUAUAUGAAUACGCUCAAUACGGAUACUCGCAUGCAUAAGGUGUUAUCCCAAGUAUUGGCAGACAAGUCGAUCGUGCAACAAUUUACGCCUGAUGAACAUGCAGCAGCCAUUGUCUUUUUACGUGAUUUCGAGAAAUCAGGCAUCCAUCUCUCUGAUAAGCAACGUGAACAAUUUGUGGAGCUUUCUGAUCGGAUCAUCCAUUUCGGUCGUGCAUUUAUUCAGCAAGAUCCACGUGGCAUUUCUCAUUUGAAACUUGAUCCAGCAUCGCUCAAUGGGCUCGCUCAAUCGAUUAUGCGAACAUGUCCUGUGAAGGAUGGUCAUGUUUAUGUCCCAACGGGUUCAACUGAAUGCCAAAUGAUCCUCAAGUAUGCCGACAAUGAAGCUUUACGACAACUUGCUUUCGAAGCUCUCAACUCAGCCAACCCAGAGAGUGUGUCGAUAUUGGAACGUUUGAUGAGAACGAGGGCUGAUUUAGCCAACUUGGUGGGCAAAAGUUCUUAUGCUGAAUUACAAUUGCAAGAUAAAAUGGCCAAGAAUCCAGAAAACGUGGAUGCAUUCUUGAGGACAUUGAUUCAUCACCAAUCACCAGCAUCAGAACGUGAUAUUCUCAUUCUUCAAAAAGCAAAGCAACAGGCAAUGCGGUUGAAGCAGCUACCUCAAGUCAAUGCGUGGGAUCGAGAUUAUUACAUGCACGUUUCGAAUAUGACCGAGAGACUUACGCAGGGUCCAUCACCAGCAUUACCAUACUUUACAGUGGGAUCUGUCAUGCAAGGUUUAUCUCGACUCUUUUAUCAUUUAUAUGGCGUUCAAUUUGUACCAGCAGCGUUGAAGACGGGUGAAUCAUGGCAUGAUGAUGUGCGCAAGUUGGAUGUGAUUUGUGAACGAGAUGGCAAGAUCGGCACUGUUUAUUGUGAUUUAUUUUCACGCCAAGGCAAGACGACACGCGCUGCCCAUUACACCGUACGAACGUCACGCCGAGUGGAUGAUGACGAUGCAGAGAAUGACAUUCGAUAUGCAUUCCCCGGUCAAAAUAUAUCGCCCGAUCGAUUUAUGCCACCCAUGAUCCAAUCCACAGAUACCAUUCGUGGUCGACAAGGACAAUUCCAAUUACCCAUCAUUGCAUUGACUUGCGAUUUCAACAACAAAAGCGGUUCAACGGCCAUGCUAUCCAUGUUUGAAGUCGAGACUUUGUUCCAUGAAAUGGGCCACGCCAUGCAUUCAAUGCUUGGUCGCACUGAUUUCCACAAUGUGUCCGGUACACGCUGUGCAACCGAUUUCGUUGAGCUGCCAUCGAUCCUCAUGGAGCAUUUUGUGUGGCAUCCAAGUGUAUUACCCCUGUUUUCGCAUGAUCGUACCUAUUCACCAGAAGCCAUCCAAUCAUUCCUCAAGCAACAAAAACGAUUCAGCGGCAUUGAAACCAAUAGUCAAAUUGUCAUGGCGCUGCUGGAUCAGCAAUACCACUCAACAGCUGCAGCAAGAGGCAAUUCGUUUUCGAGUGAAAAGAUAUGGCAUAAUCUCCAGGAUCAAGUAGGCUUGUUCCCAAGUGUGCCUAAUACCAUGUGGCCGGUUCAAUUUGAGCAUCUCUUUGGUUAUGGUGCCGGUUACUAUUCCUAUCUUUUCGAUCGUACCUUGGCAAGACGUAUUUGGGAGACAUGCUUUGAAAAGGAUCCUCUUGAUCGUGACCAGGGAUUGGCUUUCCGAGACCGGUUGUUAAUGUGGGGUGGUGCACGUGAUCCAUGGGAAUGCGUCGCUGAUGUAUUAGGUGGUCAAGAUGGUGAACGGAUAGCUCGUGGUGAUGAAGAAGCAAUGCGUACGGUCGGCGACUGGGGCAUUGAUGUAUAA